CAGAGGCUUGACAAGCGGGCUUACAGUGUAACUCAAUAAACUGCGAGCCAAAGAGGCUGGACCCACGUUCCGAGUCUUUUGACCACUGCCUGCCGUCACCAUUUCCUUCCAUUCACAAUUAUGUGAUACUGUAGGCACAAACUGCUAAGAAUGUAGCCAGGCGAUGAACGGUAGCGAGGCGCAGCUUUCAAGGAAUUGCUCUCGCACAUAAUGUAUUCCUUCCUUCAGCAGAACGGCAUGGCAGCACUUCGGAUACAGACUGAUGGCACUGGAUACAUAACUUCCAGGGAUGUGUGGGCCUGGCAGCUGGACCGUCGGCGCGUUCGGAAUGCUGCUGGCGUCGCCACCCAAGCUAGCCAAAAGGCCGGCCGAGCUCCGUCUGGGCUCAACAGCAGUAUGGCCGCAAGGAGCGAUGGCGCGCGGCGCCUUCCGACAAGUGACCGGCCCCUGCCAGCCGACAGCCACAGCCACCCCGCGGCUGCACGCGCACAACAGCCUCGACCCAAACCCGCCGGCGCCUCAGCCUCCACACAACCUGUCAGCCAGUCCAGCGCGCCUCCUGCCACACGUGCACGAAACUCGAUACUUCACCCACGGACCUCGUCCUCGACUCUCCCAUCCCGUUCCAGUCCGGGGCCGCCGCUCAACGCAGUCGCACACACACCCAACACCCCAGUCACCACCCCCAUGACAGCACCGCCCCACCCGCACCGCGCGGACCCCAGCCCAGAGCGGCCUCUCGACGCACGGGAGCUCAUGGCUGAGCUGGCAGCCACCGGCAGCUGCCGGCAGCUGCUGCAGCUACUGCACAUCCACGAACCCCGCCUGGACGGACGCCACCUGGACCUGGCCUGCAGCCGCAUGGCGCGACUGCAGCAGCAGCAGCAGCCGGCAUCGGCACGGCCCGGGGGGCAGCUACAAGCCUCGACGGGUCUUGGAAGCUUGUCAUCUGCUGUUGGACAGGUGGUAGCGUCCAGAGGUCAGGCGGUGGCGGAGGAGGUGCAGCACGGCGACCGGCGCGGGGGCUGCAAGAGCGCAGAGGCGGAGGGCAGCCGUGGCGCGGCGGCGGCGGACCCUGACGAUGGCGGCCGGGGCGGCGGCUCUGCCUCCUCCACCGCCGCUGAGGCAGUGGCGGCUGUGGCGGGUCUGCACGAGCUGCUGAGGCGCGUGCUGCCGGCCCUCACGCCCAGGCUGCGGCCGCGGGACUGCUCCAGCAUCCUAGCCUCACUGGUCCGCAUGCACCAGCCGCCACAGCCGCCGCCGCCUCCGCCGCCGUCACCGGCGGCUGCGCCGCUGCCCGCUGCGUCAGCGCGGCCGGGGUCGCCGCAGCGGUUCCUUCCGCAAUGGCGGCAGCGGCAGCAGCAACCAACGCAGCCGUCGCCGAGGCGUCACCCGAGCGAGCGCCUGCAGUCCGGCAGGGGCGUGGGUGGCGGGGGUGGAGGAGUGGACGCGGGGGCUGUUCAUGAUGUGUCACAACAGCAGCAGCAGCAGCCCCACCAGCACCAGCACCAGCAGGUGGCGGGGCCGCGGCCUCCGGCGGCGGUGGUGGCGCUGCUGGUGCGGCGCUUCUUGCAGCAGCUACAGCUGGCGUCGGUGCGGGACAGGGCUCAGCUGCUGCACGCAGUGGCCAAGCUGAAGCUGCGGGAGGGUGCUGCCGCGACGGACGGCGCUGGGAGCCACUCGGGGCAGGCGGCGGCGCAAGGGGAGGCGGGGGUGCUGCCGCGCGGGGCAGUGGCGGCGCUGGUGCGGGGGCUGGACGUGGCGCUGGUGGCGGAGGGCAAGGCGCAGGACGUAUCAAUGGCGCUGUGGGCGGUGGCGACUCUGUGCGGCCCUGGGCCAGAGCUGCAAGGCGGCCGGGCGGCGGCGGCAGGCCUUGGCGACCAGGACGCUGCCGCUGCAGCUACUGCUACAGGCGGCGGCAGUGGCAGUAGCACGGGAGGCCCCAGCGGGCCGCUGCUGCUGCCGCCGGGCUGGCUGCGGCGGGUGACGGAGCAGGCGCUCACGCGGCAGCGUCUGGCAGAGUACAGCGCACAGGCGCUGUCCAACACCGCCUGGGCACUGGCACGACUGGGGGCCGCGCCGCCGCCCGGCCUGCGGGGCGGCGGCUGGCUGGGGGCGGUGGCGGAGGCAAGCCAGCCGCUGCUGCCGGUGUUCCACACUCAGGAGCUGUGCAACCUGCUGUGGGCGAUGGCGGUGUGUCGCCAUCGACCGCCGGCGCGCUGGCUGGUGGCGGCGCUGGGGCUGCUGGCGGAGCGGGCGGAGGGACUGGAGCCGCAGGACGUGUCCAACGUGUGUUGGUCGCUGGCGGCGCUGCGCGUGCGGCCGGGUGUGCCGCUGCUGCAGCGGCUGGUGGCGCGGGCUCUGGCGGUGCGGCGCCGCAUGAAGCCGCUGGAGGUCAUCUCCACGCUGUGGGGUCUGUCGCGGCUGCGGGUGCAGCUGCCGGAGCGGGCGGUGGCGCUGCUGCUGCGUGGAGGCCUGGGUGCGGCCGUGCUGGCGCCGCCGGCAGCAGCAGCUGCAUCCACAGCGGCAGCCGCGGCUGCAGCCCACCAAGGUGAUGAAAGCGACGACGUCGGCUCGACAGCGGGCGCGGCCUCGCCGGCCCAGAGGGUCCGCGCUCGGCCCAACAGGUUGGGGCACAGGGCGGCAGCGGCAGGCGCGGCGGCGGGCGGCCCGGUGGCUGGGCCGGGCGACCUGGCGGGGGCGGCGCUGGUGCUGGCUCGCUGCCGGGUGGUGCCGGACGGCCGCUGGAUGAGCCGCUUCUACGCGGCAGUGGCGCGAGAGCUGCAGCGGUUCGGGCCCAGGGAGCUCGUGACGCUGCUGUACUCGCUGGGCGCACUCAGCCGCUCAGCCGGGCUGCGGCCCGAGCCCAGGUGGCUGGACACCCUGCUGGCGCGGGCGGAGCGGCUGGCGGGGGCGGCGCCGCCGGGCAGCAGCAGCAGCAGGAGCAACAGCGGCAGCGGCAGCGGGAGCAGAGGCGGCGGCGCAGCAGCGGGACAGGGUGUGGGAGGUGGAGGUUGGGGCGCGGAGCAGCACCUGUUGCCGCCGUCCGCGCCCCCGCCGCCCCUCGCGGCGUUGCUGGAGCUGGGGGUCCAGCCUGAGCCCGAGCCGGGGCCCCAGGCCGCCACUGCUUCGGGCCGUGUGAGCAGCGGCGAUGUGCGGCAACAGGCCGCACCUCCGCACCUGUACACCGACCCCGGCAGCAGCGCGCAGGCCGCACUGGUCUUCUCUGGUGCCGGCAGUAGCAACAAUAGUAGCAGCGUCGCCGCGGCCGGCAGUAGCAGCGAGGGCAGCAGCGCCGGCGCCGGCGGCCCCCGCCAGGCGCCGGGCGGCCAGGUGCUCGAUGCGGCGCAGCUGACUAUCGUGCUGUGGGCUGUGGCGCGGAUGUCGCACGCGCCGCCGGAGGCCUGGGUGGUGUCCAUGGCGCGGGCGGUGGCGGCGGCGGCGCACGCCUUCGGACCGCAGGAGGCGGCGACGGCGCUGCGGGCGCUGCAAGAGCUGGUGGCGUUGGCGGAGGGCCGCUCGCCGCCGCCGCCGCCGGUGCCGAGGAAGGCGAGGCGGGCUUCACCAGCUGUGGCACCGGCUGCUGCAGGGGCUCGUGGGAGUGGUGGUGGUGACGUCAGUGCCCGCAGGGGCGGCGCCGGCGCCCGCCGACGACAGCGUGGCUUGAGCCGGCAGGACAGCCCGGACGGUGGCGACAUUGCAAUUCUUGCCGUUCAGAUCAGUGCAGCGCAGAGCUUUGAGAACAUCGGCAGUAGCAGUAGAAGCAGCACAGACGAGCUGUCGGCACGCGAGGUGGUGGCGGGGCUGGCGGCGCGGCUGGCGCUGCUCGGCCGCCUGCCGCAGCGCGACCUGUACGGCACCCUGCGUGCCGCCAGCCUGGCGCUGUCGCACCCCCGGCCGCCACCGUACGGCACUUCCAGCGGCGAGGGGGGUUACGGUUACGGCUGCGGUGAGGCGUCAGCAGUACGUGUACGGCAGCAGGGCGCCCACCGGGCGAUGUCGUACGCCUCGUACGCCACGGUGGCUGACCAGCUGCUGCUGGAGGCGUACAGCGUGAGCAGCCUGGGGCUGCUGCUGGGCCGGUGAAGGGCGGCGCUGAGUAACGUAGCAAUUGAAUGGGCACUGCGUGGGGCCGAGCGGGCGUAGCUGGUGAUGACAAAGUGUAGAAGGUUAAGGAGGAUUGUAAUGCUAGGAGAUAGGACCGUGGGACGGGGCAACAUGGCCCUGUCGUGCGUGCGUGCCAGCACCUGGGGAAUGGCCGGGGCUUCAUCAGGAACCCAACCUCUGCUUCAAGGCUGCUUCAGGUGUACUAAACCGUCACCGGGCUUCAGCCGGGUGCCAAGCCUGAUGUAGUGUCGAAGCUGUACAUACAGUAGCUCUAUGGGUGAUCGACUCCG